AAGCCGUGCGGUGGUUUGGUAAACAGAAGAAGCUCAGCAUUACAACAACACUGCUAGUAACCUUAGCUCAAAGAAGAGCGAAGUGUAUUUUUUUCUGCAUAUUGGGAACAUAUUAACAGGUACGCUGGAAUUUUCUGACACCCACUCGGACAUGUCCUAUGUCUUCAUCAACGACUCGUCGCAGACCAACGUGCCUCUGCUGCAGGCCUGCAUCGAUGGAGACCUGCCUUUCGCCAAGCGGCUCCUGGAGACGGGAUGCGACCCCAACAUCCGGGACAACCGGGGCCGCACCGGCCUGCACCUAGCCGCCGCCCGAGGGAAUGUGGACAUAUGCCGCCUCCUGCACAAGUUCGGGGCAGAUCUGUUGGCCACGGAUUUUCAAGGAAAUACGGCCCUCCAUCUGUGUGGUCAUGUGGAUACCAUACAGUUCCUGGUUUCCAACGGGCUGAAGAUCGAUAUCUGUAACCACAAUGGCUCCACCCCUCUGGUGCUGGCGAAGAGACGCGGCGUCAACAAGGACGCCAUCCGUCUGCUGGAAGGACUGGAGGAGCAGGAGGUGAAGGGCUUCAACAGGGGACCCCACUCCAAGCUGGAGACCAUGCAGAUGGCCGACAGCGAGAGCGCGAUGGAGAGCCACUCCUUACUCAACCCCAACCUGCAGAGCAGCGAGGGCGUCCUGUCCAGCUUCCGGACCACCUGGCAGGAGUUCGUGGAGGACCUGGGCUUCUGGAGGGUGCUGCUGCUGCUGGUGGUCAUCGCCCUGCUCUCCCUGGGCAUCGCCUACUACGUCAGCGGGGUGCUGCCGUUCUCCACCAGCCAGCUGGAGCUGGUGCACUGAGGGGAGGGGCGGUGAAGACGACGCAUGGGGCAGGGAGGGAGUGGAGGAAGUUCUGCUUUCGGCUGUUUAUACCAGAACAGAAAUCCAGAUCUUUGUUUGUAUUGUUGGGAAAAAGUAUUUCUAAAAAGAAGCAGCGAUCCAAAAGAACAAAACUCUCUUUCUCUAUUAAUAAAACAACUUGCACGCUUGAGGUGGUAGCAGGAGGAGCCAGGAGGAGUCUCACACUAACAUGAGGUUGGUGUUGUUUAAAUAUUGUGUAACAUAUCCCCUUUAAAACGAGAUGAGAAACAGCGAGGGAGAAACAUACGAUGCUCUUGUUUAGGUUUUAAUGACGUUUCCAUGUAUGACACCUUAUUUCAUUUCAUUCAUACUGUGUCUUCUGUUACAAGCUGUAUAUUGCCAAUGUUUUGUAUCUUUUACUUUCCUAUUUGUCUGAUCUUUCCGUUAUGUUAUUUAUCAGAUAUCUUCUCGUUGCAGACAUUUCCUCUGUUGAAUUUAAAUCAUUUAACAUCAUAUAUAAACUGUAGGAUUGUAACAGCAGAUUAACAAUGUUUUGCUCUAUAUUCACUUUAUCUUAACCGACUUGUAACACAUGUAGAAUUUAUCUGUUGUAGCUUUUCCCACCUGUUGGUGUUUUGUGUACAAUACCGCAUUUGAACUGAAUCCUAAUUUAAUGUGGAAAAAGAAUAAAAUCAUGUGUACGUAUGAUUCUAAUCAGCCAUAUUGUCAGAUUUCUGAUUCAUCUGCUGAUCAGUGCAUUAAUAAAUAUUUACACAAUGUC